AUGAUUGCCGCAAAAAAUUUUGUGUGGUCAUUUUAAUCGAAGAUCCAGACUCAGGACGGAGUCCGUACAAAGUAGUGCCAACAUUUUGAAUUAAGAACGAAAAUAACAAUAUCACAGUGCCGUACCCGCCUGAGGAGAAGCUAGCGCAGAACUUCGACCGAAUUUUCGACUGCCAAUUACCGUUAGCUGAGUGGGAAGAUUACCAUCUGGUCUUGGACUCGAACAAUUGGCCAGCUUGAAUCCUUUUGCAAUCUUUCGUAAGUUGUGGUCCAAAUUCUUGAAUCUUCUUGAAAAGUAA